AUGAAAGAAGCGGCAUUGCACAGCACAACCUGGACAAGAACAGACGCUGCGGCAAUAUCGGUUUGGCCGGCAAGGGGACGAUCCUGUCCCGCGCAUUUCAGAGAGGGAUCCGGUCGGUGUAGCCGUCCACGACCUUGGGCCAUCCUUCCUUUCUCAGUGGUAGGUGUUGUCUCAUUGCGUAGCAAGAAUCUACAAUGUAGGAUGAGGCAAUGA